AUCGCUCAAUGAACGGAGCAACUCGCCUCACGAAACUUUCAUUUGUUAGUUAGUACUCGAGGUAACGUUUCAGAGUGCAGAAGGUAUUUUGUGCUCAAGCGCAGUAUUUUUUUUUAUGAAAAUUCGCUGUGUAAUUCUUAUCCAUGAGAUAAUUCCCAAACGCGACAUAUCACCAUAAUUAUGUUAUUGAAUCACAACAGAACAUCGUGUGUUAUCAAUAUAUUUCAGUACGAUUGUGUUAAGAAAUAGAGAUAUUCCCUACUGUUACUUAUUAAAGUCUCUAGUGCGGAAAGUUUCACAUCGGAUUCGCCAUCUUGUGAAUAUUUACUUGGGAUUUUAAAAUAGAAAAAUUAACAUUUUCCCAAGUAGUGUGGGCUUUUCUGGCGAGUUAAUCUCGCUAAGCAAACAAGUGUUAUUUUUUUUUAAAAAACAAAUUUCCCGUGUUCUUCAAUUUCUUCCUGGACUAGGGAAGUGAAAAUUCCUCUGGCGGGGAAAUAGUUUUGAAGAGUGUUCAAGAGAGAGACUGUAGAGUAUUUUUUGUGUGUGAACUAAAGAGAUAAAUUGGCGCAUUUUUGUAUCCAAUAUGUGGGAUCCGAAGGAGACGUCGUCUGAAGCAAAGGAGAGGAAAAAUCGGGAAGCCUCUGGAACAGAUCUAGGUGGCAAACAUUGCGAAUUUGAAGUGUCUCAGGGUGGCGAUUCUGGCUUUAUGUCAUCCGAACAGUGCAUGUCUCUGAGUGAGAUACAGAGUGACGAGGGCAAGGGGUCCAAUAUCAGCGCACCAGACACCACAUCCCGGAGCACACAGGACCACAAGUCCAAGAUCACCAAUACGUCAAGUGCCCUAGAUUCGGGUGUUAUUUCUGACAGUGGGGUAAUAUCAUCUGGGCAAAUGUUGCUGGACCGGGAAGUGAAUGACAAUGUGUCGGAGUGGUUCUGCAAUCUGAACCUCAACAGCCAGCCCAUCAACAACCUAAGUGGCCAGAAAAGUUCAAAAAGGGAACGACCACUUGAGGUCACAAAGUCACAGACAUGCGAUGUUGUACCUGCUGUUCAGGAGCCCUGGGAAAUGUAUUAUCUCCAAAAUUCAGAUGGUGACACGCACCUGCAUUUGGCGAUAUUGGAUGGAUAUGAGGAGGUGGCGAGAGCCCUCAUCAGAAUGAACCCCUACCCAUGUCUCCUUGACAUCCAGAAUGAUUUUUUCCAGACACCACUGCAUCUGGCCGUGAUCGUGGGUCAAUAUACAACAGUAAGGCACCUGAUUUUGGCGGGUGCUGAGCCUACAAUUCGGGAUUACAAGGGAAAUACUCCGCUGCACCUGGCGUGCGAAAAGGGCGAUUUAGCGUGUGUUCGUGCCCUUACAGUGCCAAUUGCAAUGACUGAAAUCCAAGAUGUGUUCCGGACAAAUAGCACAUUCACAGAAAGUAGCAGUAAGAAGAAAAGAAAUUCACCAUGUCUUCAACUUCCCGGGGAUUUGGAUAUGAGAAAUUACGAUGGCGAAAAUUGUGUUCAUUUAGCCGCUCGAGGAAAGCACGUUGACAUUCUUCGGCAUCUAGUAUGGUGCGGUGCUGAUGUAAAUGCUGGGGAGGGAAAGAGUGGUGAAACUCCACUUCACAUUGCCGUGAGUCAAGAAGAUGAGCAGCUUGUUAACUUUUUGGUGACAGAGUGUCCUAAAAUAAAUCUGGAGAAGUGCACAUUUGGUGGAAUGACAGCAUAUCAAUUUGCCGCCAUAAAUCGCAAUCAGAUUUUAAUGAGAUACUUAGCGCAUGGAGGAGCUGAACCAUUGACACCGCCAGAGAGUGAUUAUGACACAGAAUCUGAUUCCGAUGACAGUCAGAUGGUGGAUCUUUUUGGAUCACCUGGAUACUUUCAGAAAUUUAAUGGGGCCAAAGCGAUAAAUGUUGCAUAGAGAAACACAUGAGAGAAGAACACAUUUAGAAAGCAUUCGUUCUUUAACUUUAUAAUUACAACUGAAGUAAGAAAAUAUUGCUCAAGUAAGGCUCAAUAAAUGAGAAAGAAAAAAACACAAAAUAUAAUUUUUCAUCCAAAAUGGAAAGAAAAUCACAGAAAAAAAUGAAUUUUCGUAGAAUUCUUUCAAAAAUCGUCUAAUUAAUAUUUGUGAAUGUAGGAAGAUAAAGAAAAAUUGUUGAUAAAUGUGAAAAAAUCGUGUAAUUUGUGUUUUAAUCUUUGACUUAGACUCUAAAAAAAAUAUAGGAAUUGCUAUACAAGUGAGAAGUAUAAUUGUUAAUCAAUGUUACAUGAAUCCCAAGAAAGUGCCUUAAGAUCACAAAUUAUUUAGAUGUUUCUAUGAUGUAGAAAAAAUUGAUUUCAAUUAGUUAAUUUCUCUCUUUCUUUUCAAAAAAAACAACAUGUGGAAAAGUCUUCAAGCCUCUAAGAAAAAAAAAAGAAAAUAGAAAUCUAACUAAUUGGAAAGAAAAGUAUUAUUAAAGGAAUUUUAACAUAUUUCAUGUCAUCUCUGUUAAUACUUAAAAAAAAAAUGUAAAAAGAAAAUUUUAAGGAUAAAGUACAAUUUUGCCAUACACGAUGGUGUUUUAUCAUGAAAUAAAAAUUAGAAAUGAAAUAUUAAAAGAAGAAAAAAAAGAUUGUAGAACCUUCAUUUUAGGAUUAAGUGUGAAACAAAAUGCCUCUCUGUGAGGUAUGAUGAGACAGUGAAAAGCAAAAGAAUGAAAAAAAAAUGAUAACAGAAUAUACAUGUUUAUUAUUAUUAUUUAUUUAUGCUAAGCUAGUUGAUGUUUAAAGAAAAUAAAUAAAAUUGUCUUAUUGAAA